ACUCGUUCUUUAUAGUUUUAAUUAAUUAAUAUCAUAUAAAUUUGGUUUAUUGAUUUAUUUAUUUAUUUAUUUAUAUUUUUGUAUAAUAUUUAUAUAGUUAUAUAGUAAUAAUAUAAUUUAAUCAUAUAUUUUUUAAAUUAAAUAAUCAUUAUUCAAUUUGUUAACCAAUCAAUCAAAAAAAAAAAAAAAUGAGAAAGGUUAUACCAGGCAGUCAUUCAAGUUCAAUUACAAAACAAUAUGAUAUUACAUCUCAAAUUGGUUCAGGUAAAUUUUCAGUUGUAAAACAAGGAACAAAUAAAUCAACAAAUAAGCAAUGGGCAAUUAAAAUUAUGAAAAAAUCAGUUGUUGAGGAAGCAAAUAUAAUCAAAGAGGUCGAAAUGAUGACUGAAAUUAAACACCCAAAUAUUAUUUCACUUCACGAAAUUUUUGAAACCGAGUCUGAAAUUUCAUUAGUUUUAGAAUUGGUAACAGGUGGAGAAUUAUUCGAUAAAAUUGUAGAGAGAGAAUUUUAUACUGAAGAAGAUGCAUCAGCUUUAAUUAAUACUAUCACAAAGGUUAUUCAAUAUUUACACUCAAAAGAUAUUGUCCAUUGCGAUUUAAAACCAGAAAACCUUUUAUAUUCAGAUAAUAGCGAUCAAGCAAUUAUUAAAUUAUGUGACUUUGGCUUAUCUCAACGAUGCCCAGCUGGUAAUCAAUUACGUUCAUUGGUUGGCACACUUACAUAUAUGGCACCAGAAAUUAGUAAUUGCACUGGAUAUGGUAAACCAGUAGAUCUUUGGUCUUUAGGUGUCAUUGCUUAUAUUUUAUUAUGCGGUUUUCCACCAUUUGACGAAACAACUGGUUACAAUUUAGAAUUUCCAUCACCAGAAUGGGACAAUAUUAGCGACUCUGCCAAAAGUUUAAUCAAAGGUCUUUUAACAAAUGAUCCAUCAAAAAGAUUUACAAUUGAACAAACUCUUAAACAUCCAUGGAUCGCAGGAACUAAUGUUGGAAAGAAUUCAAUUGUUGGCACAUUAAAAACUCUUCGUGAAUUUAAUACUCUCAGAAGAACUGGUACUACAAUGGGUCACAAUAAACAAGCUAGAGGCACUGUUUUUGAACUCUUCCCAUCACUAACCCCAACAAAAGAAUUAAAUAAUAAUAUAAAUAAUGUAGAAAAUAUAACAGCUCAAUCAUCAUCAUCAUCAUCAACAACCCCAUCAUCAUCAUCAACAACUCCAUUAUCACCAUCACCAACCUUUAUAAAUGAAUUAAAUGUAGAUAAUAAUAAUAAUAAUAAUGAAGUUAAUAGCGAAUGUAAUAAUAAUGUAAUUUUAGAAAAAACCAACAAUAAUCAAGAAAAAGAACAAGUUAAUGAAACUAAAAAACAAUUAAUGAAUUCUUUAGAUUUUAAUGAACAAUUGGACAGUUCAUCAGAAACCUAUUCCUCAUCACCAGAUAAAUUAACCUCACCAGAACUUUCUUCACUCUCAGAAUUAACAGGCGCAUCAUUAUCAGCAACAGAUAACAUUAAACAAAAAAUAAUUGACCAAUUAAAGAGUGAAAAAACUUUAUUACAAAAAGAAUUGGACGAAAUUAAAAGAGAAAAACAAUCAUCUCCAACACCCUCACCAUCUUCAUCAUUUUUAAAUAAUAAUAGUAGUGGUAGCAAUAUUGGUAAUAGUACAGUUAAUGAACGUGUUUUUAGACCAAUUCACAUGUCCAAAGACAAUAGUGAUGGGUCAUAUGAAAAUUUAUUGUUGGGUUCAAGUCCUCUAUUAAAGAGUCAUCAUAUUAGCCACAGUAGAAAUAGUAGUUUUGGCGGCAGCUGUUAUGGAAGUGGUGAUGAGCUAUCUUCAAGUGGUGGUGCUAUUAAAAAGGAUAAAUCAAAAUAUGGUGUCGAUAGAAUUGUAUCUGAUCUCCAAUUAGAGUUCGAAAAACUCUCACUCCCAAAAGAUUCCUUUGAUAAGAUUAAUGUGGUUUUGCAAAAUUACAAACAAAAAAAUCAAGAGAAAUCAAUGAAACUAAAAUUAGAAAAACAAAAAGAAAAAUAUAAAAAACUAAAAGCUUUAUUAAAAAAAGAAAAAAUUAAUUUAAAAUAAAAUAUAAAUAUUAAUUAUCUUUUUUUAGUUU